AUGGUCUCAUCUACGGUCGCAAGCUGGUUGACGAUUGCACUUCUUGCACCCAUUGCUCUUGGGGCCGUGGGUCCAGACUGCGUCAAUGGUCCCUUAAAGUCAAACAAGAUAUGCGAUAUCAAAGCCACUCCAGCGGAGCGCGCUAAAGCGCUUGUGUCAGCCAUGACCCAAGAUGAGAAGCUCAAACUUCUAGUGAGCAAAUCCCCGGGGGUUCAGCGUCUCGGACUGCCAGCAUACAAUUGGUGGGGUGAAGCCCUCCAUGGUGUCGCUGGUGCACCCGGUAUCGACUUCUCGGGAAAUUUCAAAACGGCGACUUCAUUUCCCAUGCCGAUUUUGAUGUCCGCGGCGUUCGACGAUGACCUCAUCCAUAAGGUGGCAACAAUAAUUGGAACUGAGGCGAGAGCCUUUGGCAAUGGUGGAAAGGCGCCCUUUGACUUCUGGACGCCAAAUCUUAAUCCUUAUAAGGACCCCCGUUGGGGUCGAGGUUCGGAAACGCCUGGGGAGGACACAGUUCGACUCAAGGGCUAUGCACAGAGCCUUCUCUCCGGCCUUGAGGGCGACAAUACAAAAGAACGGCGUAUUGUGGCAACUUGCAAGCAUUACGCGGCGAAUGAUCUCGAGGAUUGGAAAGGCACGACCAGGCACAACUUCGAUGCAAAGAUCACCCCACAAGACCUGGCUGAGUACUACCUUCAGCCGUUUCAGCAAUGCGCAAGAGACUCUAAUGUGGGCUCCUUCAUGUGCUCUUACAAUAGCGUCAAUGGUGUUCCAGCAUGCGCAAAUACGUACCUGAUGGGGACAAUCCUUCGCGAGCACUGGAAGUGGAGCGACGACAAUUACAUAACCAGUGACUGCGAGGCAGUGUUGGACAUAUCCCAAAACCAUCACUACACGUCUACAAACGCUGCAGGAACCGCAAUAGCAUUUAACUCUGGUAUGGAUACCAGUUGUGAGUACUCCGGAUCUUCCGACAUACCUGGGGCCUGGAAGAGCGGUGCCUUGAACGCGACUACUGUAGACAAGGCGUUGAACAGACUUUACCGCGGUCUCAUCCUUUCCGGCUAUUUCGAUGGUUCCUCCGCAGUUUAUGCAGGUCUCGGCGCGUCAGAUGUCAACACCAAAGCAGCGCAGGACCUCGCACGUCAAGCUGCCAGCGACGGUAUUGUGAUGCUGAAGAACGACCAGACGUUGCCGUUAUCUCUCCAAAAGAGCUCGAAGGUAGCGAUGAUCGGCUUCUGGGCCAGUGACACCAGCAAACUCCGGGGCGGUUACAGCGGACCACCUCCAUUCUUGCACUCGCCGGUGUAUGCUGCGCAACAGCUUGGGGUCUCGGUCAAGACUGCUACGGGACCUAUCCUCGAGAGCAACUCGGCUCGCGACAACUGGACGACCAAUGCGCUUGCUGCCGCCAGUGCAUCGGAUUACAUUGUCUACUUCGGAGGGCAAGACACAUCAGCCGCCGCUGAAGGGAAAGAUCGCCUUAGCCUGGCAUGGCCAGAAGCGCAGAUUACAUUGAUCAAUAAGUUGAGCGCGUUGAACAAGCCACUGGUGAUUGUCCAGAUGGGCGACAUGCUUGACAACACGCCCAUUCUCUCCAACAAGGGUGUCAAGUCAAUUCUUUGGGCGAGCUGGCCAGGACAGGACGGCGGCCCAGCGGUGCUGGAUGUCAUUACUGGCGCAAAGUCUGUGGCAGGCAGGCUCCCAGUCACUCAAUACCCUACCAACUACACGAACCUGCCAAUGACAGAUAUGAAUCUUCGCCCCGGGACAAACAGCCCUGGUCGUACCUAUCGAUGGUAUCCUACACCAGUCCAACCUUUCGGCUACGGGCUUCACUAUACUUCCAUCAACGCCUCGUUCGCUUCAUCUCCACUAUCCUACUCCAUCCAAGACCUCGUUUCCAAGUGCUCGGAACAAUACAAGGACAAAUGCGCGCUUCCACCUCUUCAAGUAAAGUUAGCUAAUACAGGCAAUCGCACAUCCGAUUUUGUCGCUCUGGCGUUCGUCAAGGGCGAAGCUGGCCCAAAACCCUAUCCCCUGAAAUCACUGGCGGCGUAUAGCCGCGUCCGUGAUGUCCGCGCGGGCUCUUCCGCGGAGGUGAACCUCCAGUGGACAUUGGGGAAUGUAGCUCGGCACGACGAGAGUGGAAACACCGUGCUUUAUCCGGGAACCUACACGGUUCUGCUCGAUGAGCCUGUGCAGGCUACACUAGAGCUCAAGCUAACAGGCGAUCAGACGGUGUUGGAUAAGUGGCCGGCUCCGCCGUCAUCUUAUUGA